AUGUCCGGCGAGUCCCUCCCGAUCUCUCCGGCCGCCUUCGCCGAAGCCAUCCAAGAGCUACCCCUCCCCGUCCUCUACGCCAAGGUCUCCGAGAUCCGAAAUUCGAUCGCCCACCUCCAUCGCUCGAACGCAGAACUUCAGACCUUCAUCGACGAGUCGUGUGAGAGUGACACUGAAAAGCGAGAGCUGGAGAGCUAUAUCACAGAGAAUAAAGAUGUGCUCACAUCUAUGAUGGAAAGGGUCACGCUACUCAAAACGGAGGUCGAGAAUCGCGGGCAACAGUGGAUCGAGCUGGACGAGAUAAAGGAGACAAAUGGCGAUUCACAUGAGGCUCCUGCGCAUCCAAGUCAGACAAAUGCUGCCUCGACGACGGAAAAUGCUUCCGGGGAUACAGAAGGCGGGGGACAAGAGGAAGAGGAAGGUGUUUAUUUGUAG